GAAAUCUUGCCGACGCCGUCAAAAUAAACAGGGCGCCGCCGACGAUUGGUAAACAGCGAAUGAGCCAGCACCGAAAUAAUCGUACCGCUACGUUGUCUGGUCCCACGGCUCAUUUAAUGAAUGUGACCAGCUGAUUCCGCGUUUUCCUCAAGUCUCAUUCGUAAACAACAGAUUUCUCGGACGUUUUGCGUUACACACUCAUUCGUAAACAACAGAGGUUUUCAAUAAAUUUUUUUUUAAAUUUUUUAUCGUGUCUUCUUAUUUCUUUCGUUGGGACGGAGGUGAUGGACAUAAACUCACCUCCUAUCAAGAAGAAUACUGAGGAUAUUGAAAUUGGACACAGUGGUUGAUCAAGAUUAUCAUAUAUUGGAAAAACAAAAAGGGAUAAUUAUACUCCGGGAGACACUACAAAUCCUAGUGGCAACUUAAACGCAUCAUUGGAACCACAGCAACAUGAAAACCUAUUUGCUGCCCAUUUUAUUGGUGCUGGUUUUUGCAGCCUAUUCCCUGCCCCUGUUUCUAAGGGUCUAUAGCACCACUCAAAUGGUAAUCGAUGAGGAAUUCCACUUGAGGCAAGGCCUGCGCUAUUGUAACAAACAGUUCAAGGAGUGGGAUCCCAAGAUAACCACCUUUCCGGGUCUGUAUUUCUUUGCCCUGCUUCUAAUACCAUUGGAGUUUUGUGAAGUGCUGGGUUUGCGAUUGAUUUCGUUGAUGGCGGCCGCUGUUAAUGUUGUCCUUUUGUAUUAUAUAAGACGCAAAUCUUUGGGUAAUGCCCAUUCCACAUUGGCCGCCCUGGAAGCUGUAACUAUAGGCAGUCUGCCGCCGUUGUAUUUCUUUAGUCAUCUAUAUUAUUCCGAUACAUUGUCAUUGACCACGGUACUGUUGAUGUAUGUCUUUUGGCAAAAGGGUAGCCAUUUACAGGCAUCUGUAUAUGCUGCUGCUAGUGUUCUGAUGCGCCAAACCAAUGUUGUCUGGGUUGCCAUGGCGUUUGGUACAAUGGCUUUGGAUUUGGUUACCGUGAAAUAUGCCGAGUUGAAGGGCAUAAAACCAAAUGAGGUGCAAAUCUAUAAACCAAAGGUCAUUUUGGACAUUUUGAAACGUUUCGAACUUUUGGUAAAAUGUCUAUGGUAUAUUGUUACCCAAGGAUGUUUCUAUUUGGUUAUCAUUUUACCAUUUAUGGGCUUUGUAUAUCUUAAUGGCUCCAUUGUGUUGGGAGACAAGAGAGCACAUGAAGCUAGCAUUCAUGUGCCACAGCUCUUCUACUUUGCCAUUUUCUGUUGCUUCUUUGGCAUUUCGAAUAUCAUCAAUAGAUUCCGGGCCACCAUGCAAGCUCUGCUCGAGUAUAAAUGCGAAAUGUGUAUGCUGACUGUGGUAUUUUUGAUGAUUGUACGCUUCAAUACCCUGGUCCAUCCCUAUCUAUUGGCCGACAAUCGCCAUUAUAUCUUCUAUAUAUGGCAGAGACUCUAUGGCCGCUAUUGGUGGUUCAAAUACGGCAUGUGUCCCGUGUAUGCGGUCUGUUUGAUGUUCAUCCAUCAGGGCAUAAAGCAUUUACGUUUUAAUUUAAAAUUUAUGUUCUGGCUUGCCACUGCCAUAGUUUUAUGCUUCCAACGUCUGCUGGAAUUACGCUACUUCAUAAUUCCAUUUGUUCUCUUCCGUUUGAAUACCCGUCCUAAUUUGAAAUCUAGUCGUGCCCAUUGGAUAGAAUUAAGUUUUAAUGUUCUACUGAAUGCCAUAACAUUUUAUAUAUUCUUUACCAAAGAAAUCAAAUGGGAUAAUUAUAAGGAACCCCAAAGGCUUAUAUGGUAGAGAAUGAGAGUGCACAAACGGACAUGGUAAUCAAACUUAUUUAUUGUAAUUUUAAUGCAUUUUUAUUUAUUUAAAGAAACAUGACUUGCCUAAGCAAACUAUAAUUUAGAGCCCACAAAGGUAAAAUGAAAUAAAAAGAAAAAAUAUCUGCUGGAAACCAAAAUAAUGGGAGAAUUGCACAAAGCAGUAAAAUGAAAUAAAAAGAAAAAACUAUCGGAGAAGCAAAACUUGA